GAAGCGCUGUCCCUUCAGCACCGCCCGGCGCCGCCAGGCAGCCUCCUCCCUGCCCUGCGCGUUCAUAYAACCCUGCUCCGUGCCGCCCCGCCGAGCCGCCACCGGUGACCGCGUGCUUUGCAGUCUGGACAGCAAGGCGCGAGGAUGGUGAAGCUGGGGAGUAAUUUGAACGACAAGAGCAACAAACAGCCAUCCAGCGAAGAUGGGUUUCAGACAGUUCCUCUCAUCACGCCUUUGGAAGUAAAUCACCUGCAGUUCCCCGCGCCGGAGAAGGUAAUUGUGAAAACAAGAACAGAAUAUCAGCCCGACCAGAAGAACAAAGGAAAACUCAGAGUGCCCAAAAUUGCUGAAUUCACAGUCAGUUUCACUGAUGGUGUAACAGAAAGGCUAAAGGUCACUAUUCUCAUAAGCCUGGCUCUUGCAUUCCUUGCCUGCAUAGUGUUUCUCGUGGUAUACAAAGCCUUUACUUACGACCACAGUUGCCCAGAUGGAUUUGUUUAUAAGCAUAAGCGAUGCAUCCCGGCCUCCCUGGAUGCAUACUACUCAGCACAGGAUUCAAACUCCCGGGGCAGGUUCUAUACUGUCAUCAGCCACUACAGCAUGGCCAAGCAAACCAGCUCCCGGUCUGUAUCGCCUUGGCUUUCUUCAGGACCGGUAAACCAUGAAGCUAAGGCUGCCAAGACAGAAGGUCAUUAAAAUUAAUGAGUGGUGAUGGGAAAGUGGGAGGGUGGGGAAAAAAAACCCACCUUGUCUAUACUGCAUUGCUGUAGUUGAGAGAGGGCGCUGUGCUAACAGCAUGACAAGAAUAAAUAAUACCCAAGUGCAGGAGUCAUCUUAAUGGAUAUUUCUUUUCGUGCAUUGUUCUCGUUGAUUUGUAACCGAGUCAAGCUCUUGUACAAAGGCAUGUUUGAUGUUGACUGUACCUUACGAUGUAAAAUAUUUUUAAAUCAUUGCUUAACUAUUUGUUAGAAAAAAAGAAAUUAAAAAACAAAAAAAGCAAAUUAGAAAAACAGCCAGAGAGGAUGAAAGCAGCAAGGAGAAUCCCAUGGAGUUGCUUCAUUGCUGGAGAGUUGUGACAGGAGUGUAACAUGCAAUGAACAAAGAGCUGCWAUCAUUUUGAGAGAAGGAGUGGAGAGGACCUGUUACAAACCACAUUGCUGUGUUGCUUAUUUUGCCAAGAGAGGUAAGGGUGGAGUUUGCUGCAAACUGAAUCCAGUUUCAGAGUACAUUUGCUGAUGGAGAAAUACAUGCAUCCUUCUUCCCUUGAGUGCACACACACACAGCUCUGCAUAGUGGCCUCAGUAAGUUCAGGAAGAUCUAGGCAUUCCUAACAGGCUGUCCCUGUGCUGCUGUUCUCGGGUGGAUUCUGCAGAUCAAAUCCUGGUUGGUAUUUGGACAUGGCAGCAGGUGGGAACAGAGAGAGGCCACUGUAAUGGAAUCUUGAAUAUACUUCAUAGCGUUGGAAGGCAGGAGAGCAGGGCUUUAUUGAUGCUUCUGGCAUGGCUUUACUGUAACUUCCCUUUGCAAAGUUCAGUGAGUCUUCAGCCUUAGGAACCUGCACACUGAGCAUCACCAUAAGACAAAGAAAUCUCCUGAUGAAAGGAGGCACCCUCAAGUGUGACCAUAGUAUAUCAACAUAUUCAGCCUCUACCUUCUCAGCUCUUGAUUUUCUCCUCAGCCAUCAAAUGGGGAUGCUCCUGCUUCACUCCUUCAGCUUCAGCUAUGUGAGGGUYUAAGGUAGGUAGAAAGGUAGGCUGUAGAGCUCUCAGAGUGCAAGGGUCUCCCUGGAGCUCUGCCUACAAAGACAAACCAGACCAGAAGCUUAGUGCAAUCCUGGACACUCCUCUCCUCUCUCCAGAGACAGCAGGUAUGGACUGGUGGGAGUUGACCAAUGCUUGAUCAGAAUSGGAUUCCCUUCCCCAGAGCUGCCACCUGGCCCAUUGCUGCAAGCUGGUUCUGCUCUGUGGCCUUGCAGGGUGACUGAACUGCAGGAGCAGACACACGUGCAGGGCAAGCUCACAUUCCACUAAGGCUGCUUGUUCAGAUUUGUUGCUAGACUGGGACGGAAAUUAGGAACCGACCCCUUUUUCCCCCGCCUUGGGCAGUUUUGCUCUCCAUUUUGCAUACAUAGACACCAGAGGGUGUAAACGAGGGCAGAACUCCUCAGUCCUAACAGGCAUCAUGAUAAAUAACUGUAUAGCGUAGCUAAAAAUGUAGUGCCAAAUGCCAUCGUCUGAUUUCCUAUCCUGCCUUCCCUUUCAAACCUGUAAAUCCAUUUCUCACUCAAAAUGUACAAACUGCUCCCUCCACCGAAAACCAGAACUCCAGCAAACCACUGAACAGUUUAUAAUUUUGUGGUGUAUUUUUUGUCAGUAGGUAGCAGAGACUGAAGUAUUUUUUGGUGUAACUCUUGAACUUUUC